UCUCUGAUCAACAGUUAAGGAAACGCGUCUGUCGUGGAAAAGCGCUCGCGCCCGCCUGCUGCUGGGAACUUUCCUUUCAUCUUCCGGUACUUGUUGGGACUCCUGCGGCGCCGCGCGCACCGAACUCCCUGCUCCCGGAGGCGAGGAGACAACCUGGCUGGAAGGGGGUAUGGUUGUAGAAGAAGAGGAGGAGCGCUGUGCUGUAGUUUGUGGUAGCUCCACGACACUUGAGUGCAGGAUUAGCAUGUGCGCCGCUGUUUGCUGCGGUUUCUGUCGGUCGCGGUGAAGCAGAGCCGUCGAGCUUCUUCUUCACGCACGCAGGUGUGCGUUUCCUCUCAAUUAGCCUGAGUGUGGACUCAUUGACGCGGUGGCAGUCCGCAGAGGUCCUUCACUUCAGCGACCGCCCUGAAGAACAACGCUAAACACAGAUUCAGCUUUUGCUGUCUUCCCAAACUGUGGCUUCCUCUUCAUGGAUCUUGUCUCAGUGGAACGGCUUUAGCCUUAAACCAGUUUAUCCACACGGUUCCUAAUUGAAAUCGCCAUGGCUCUGGAAAUGAUCAAUCUGAGCUUCUUGUCCGACUUGGAGCGGGAGAAGAUCCUGGAAGUGCUGAAACGGGACGAGGAGCUGAGGCUCACGGAGGAGCGGCGUGUACGGAAGCUGAAGACGGAGCUAUUGGAAGUAAAGAGGAAAGGGGCCAAACGUAGCAGUGGAAAGUACAGCGAACACAGCUGUGGCAGAUGCCAGGAACCUCUAAGUCGGCUGGCAGUUUUUAACAGCCAGUGUAAGAUCUGCAAACACAACGUGUGCCGCAACUGCCAAGCAGUCCUGCCUGACGGGUCGUGGUUCUGCACCGUGUGUGUCAAAGAAUCGGAUGUGAAGAAAAGAACAGGCGACUGGUUUUAUGAUCAAAGGGCCAACCGCUUUUCCAUGACUCCUGCACUUGACCUCGUGAGAGCUUCCCUGAAAAAGAGGCCGCAAUUUAAAAAGCGUGUUACGACUGGGCAAGGGCUUCUAGAGAGUACUGAGAAAAAUCCAGAUCCACCCAAACCCAUUCCUGUUCCCAGACAGAAGAAAAGCAAUUCGAGCGAGACGCUUGGAUCCAUCGCUUCCAGGGAGUCAAGUGAAUCAAAGACCAGCGUUUCAUCAAAAACAAGUUUUUCUUCCAAGCCAAGUCGCAGCGACACGGAGUCUGCAGAAAACCGCAGUGUCACCAGCAUCAGAACUGAUACAGAAUCUGGUUGUGUGACUCCUGAGGAGACAGGAGAACUGCAGCGGUCCAACGCCUCCAGCCCAACACCAUCCAGGGCUCCCAGUUUGUCUGUCCCAGUUACAGCAGAUGCCGUCAGCACUGACAGCAGCAACUCCAAUCCUAUAGCUUUGGUUGAAGAAAAGCCAGUCAGUUUGAGCCCUGAGCUGGAUGUUGAAAAACUCUUCAAGAAGAGCAUGAAGCGAACUCAAACACCUGCAGUGGACUCUAUGGAUGGAUGUCGCAACCCGGAGGCCUCAAUGGGAAAGAGGAGCCGCUCCGUUCCAGGCUUAGAUUUACAGGAGGAUGAGGAGGAGGAAGAAGAUAUUGACACCUUGGUAAACUUUCACAAAAAACAAAUGACUAAAAGUCACUCCAACCUCUACAACUCAAAGAGCUCGCUAGGCAGCACGAUGAGUAUUUACAGCGAUGCAGGAGACUAUGGCACCGUGGAGGUGAGCGGGCAGGUUGUCUUUGCUCUGCGAUACGACGAGCACACCCAGAGCUUGCAGGUUUUCAUCAAGGAGUGCCAGGGUCUGGCUCACGGUGACGCCUCACGGAAGCUGUCCAACCCUUAUGUAAAAUGUUAUCUGCUCCACGGCAAAACUCGCCAAAACAAGAAGAAGACCAGUAUCAAGAAAAACACCAUCAACCCUGUUUUCAGUGAAACUCUAAAGUACUCCAUGAGCCGCUCUGAACUGCUCGGCCAAUCUGUGUCGAUAUCCGUUUGGCAUCAUGGCCGCCUCAGCCGUAACGUCUUCCUGGGGGAGGUGACAAUCCCUUUGGACAGUGCAAACCUGGACACUCCUCAUGAAGAAUGUUUGCACCUCAUGGGGAAGAUGAGCUCUGAUGUACCAGAUGCAGCCUUUGAACGGUGCAGUGGAGAGUUGGUCAUCUCACUGAAGUAUGUCCCUCCCAAUAAGACUACCACUGAAAAAGUGAAAGGCAAAAAAGCUGCACAAGUCCAAAGAGGAGAGCUGCAUGUUCUCAUCAAGGAGGCAAAAAAUCUGAAGUCAGGAAAAUCUGGAAGCACAUCAGACAGUUUUGUUAGAGGUCACUUGUUUCCAUCAAAGGCAAAGACGGCGAAGAUGAAGACUCCAGUGGUGAAGAAGAACCUGAAUCCCCACUAUGAUUCCACAUUUGUGUAUAAGGAGCUGACUCUGGAGCAGAUGAAGGACAUGUGUUUGGAGCUGACAGUGUGGGACAAAGAGGCCGUGCUGAACAAUGAAUUACUGGGAGGUGUCCGCCUCAGCUCUGGCAACGGAGCUAUCAAAGUUGGGAAAGAGGAGGUGGAGUUGGACUCUGUUGGAGAGGAAGUCAGUCUGUGGCAGAAGAUGAUGCAGUACCCUGACUCGUGGGCAGAGGGCACUCUUCCUCUGCGCUCCACCAUGGCAAAGACAAAGGGGAAAUGAAGGCUGAACACUAAGAGAUCCAGACACUAAAGUGAUGAGAAGUGAAAAGUGCAGAAACUGAGACCAAAUUGAUGUUCUGGCUUUCUUCCAGCUUUCAUGCCAACCAGCCACCGCCACUGUUGGAUAUGCUGAGUUAAGACCUACCUCUCUGUAGGUUCCAUGACUUCAGACUGUUGAGAAACGUGCCAAAGCAUCACCACACUCAGUUUAUUUCUGUUUUUAAAAUCCAGAUUGUGUUUGUUAAAGUUUCCAAACUUUAGAUCCACUUUGCCUCACUGCUUCUUUUUAUUGUAUCCAGAACACAGAACAGUUCUCUCUCUCUAUGCUGUAACCGAACUGUGCCUUUGUUCAAUCCAACACAAUUGCACUUUAGGACUGACGUGAAUGAUCUGUGUAUAUAAAUAAGUUGAAUUAAAGCCAGUAAAUGAAACUCUUGAUUUUAAAUGUACAUUUGAUCUCUUAAGCUCGUCUUUACAAUGUGAUGGAGGUCACACUGACCUCAAAGAUUUGUUCACCCAAUAAAAGGGACAGAGUAAAUGCA